ACGCGGACACCAGCAUCAGCGUGGGCACCGCUGCCGAGAACUUCACUGCUGACAAGUCCACGGAGAGCAUCCAACCCAUCAUGGCAAAGUGCAAACUCGAGGGCACCCAGUGGUCAAUCCAAGGCAAGAGCCCCGCUAGACGCUUCGUGGCCCAGUUUUCGGGGGGCGCCAAUGCCGCCGCCAGGAAGGUUCGCCCCUUCUACGCCAAGCUCAAGGAAGCAGAUGGCACCUGGAUCAACGCCGAGGUCACCAACGUCCACGGCCACGCCUCGCGACUCUACCUGGGUCUGGACCGCUCAGCGAGGUCGGCAAGACGAGAGCUCCAGACCAAGAAGCUGGCUCAGUUCGGCCGCGAGCUCGCACCUGAUAAGCGCGGGCGGGCUGACCCACAGCAGGGCAUCAUCUACUGCGACAACAUGCCAGUCGUAUCGGUGGUGGUGGGUGCCACCCGAGAGACUGGCUCGCACCUGCUCUUCAACUGCGACGGCUGCUGCACGCGCGACAUCGAGAGGGAGGCCGUCAAGAAGUGGUUCGAGGAGUUCUUCCAGACCACGUUGGAGGAAAGGGAGGUUCAGUGCGUCACGUUCUCGACUUGGAAUGCCCGCGCUCUUCUCUGCAACAACGUGCAGCAGCGCAAGCGCGAGACCCGCUGCAUGAACGAGGUGCUGCGCUCCUCGUCGCUGCUGGCCCUCCAGGAAGCACACGGCUCGCACGCUGAACUUCUUCACGCUGCACACUUGGUUCACAUCGAGGCGGCGGUCUUCUCGUCGAUCCCUGAGCGCGGCACCGGUGGAGUUGCAAUCAUUGCGCCUGGCCUACCGCAGUCCACGGUCGACGACCCCACGCGCUUUACACACGCGGAGAUCGUCCCUGGCAGGGCGCAACGAUUACUCAUCAAGACUAGCUCGGCCCCUGACGAUGCCCUCCCGAAUAUGGUCGUCGUCUACAACGUCCACAACUUCAGGCCCACUGAGCAACAGCCCGAGCGGAUCACGGUCAUCGCCAUGGGCGACUUCAACUUCAUGGGCGAGGCACCGUUGGAGAUGCAGGCGCCAUUGAUCAACAAGGGGCCCCCGCGUCUUCGCCGGCACAAUCCUGAGCAUCAGCUGGCGCGGGAACCAGUGCUGCAGGAGAUGACGGAGAUCGACCCUGAGGUUCCCACCCACUGCACCGAUCAGUCGCAGCAGUGCGCAUCGACAAGAUCUACAUCAGCACGCCGCCGUGGAUGCUACUGCAGUGGUGUGCUCGAGCUGACGUCCCGACCGAUCGCGCCUGGGGAGCUCUACGACCGUGGCAUAUCGGAUCAUGCGCCUGUCCAACUCCGCUUCGCCGGGCACAAUCCUGAGCUCGAUGACCAGAACCAACCGAGUCCGAAGUACAUAUUUGAGAGCCCGCUAUUCGAACAAUACAAUGGCAUCCUGACGGAAGUCUCCCCAUGGCGCGACUAUGACCCCUUCGCGCAGCUGAGCGAGAUCAAGCGCCUGCAACGCGAAGCUGCUCGCCUCACACGCAUCGACCUCACCAACUCAAGAGCCCCCUGUACUGCGGCGGCGCUCGCUACAUGCCGAUCGAUCUCUAGAGCUGCAUGGGGGAAUGACCUGAAGGCGGCGCGCGCGCUUCAUGCUCGCACGGCGCUGGGAGCAGAACACCUGGACAUCACGGACACGAACAACACCUCCCUUCAGGACCCGAUCGCCUUCCGCAGAAAGUUCGAGGAACUCCAGCUCCAGUCCCAGGCACAACGCUUGGAGGCGAUCCACACACAGGAGCAGUCGGCCAACGCCCCUGCUCGGGAACGACUGCGCCUUCGCAAGAUGCAGCGGGCGAUCACACGGCGCGGCAAGUUGUGGGCCCCCGCUGGCAAGGUGCUGAAGCUCAAGGCACUCGAGGUCUUGUACGAUCACUCCAGCCGCACCAAGCAUGUCAUGCGAUACCUGGCGAAGCACGUCGUCCCGUUCGACUGCUCGGACAUGGACAUCCCCACGAUCGGUAAGAUGCGCUGGCUCAUAGCCAACCUGAACAUUUCUGCCCCUGGACCCGACGGCCUCCCCUACAUGGCGUGGAAGCGGACGCCCAUGGCAUCGGAGAUCCUGCUGAACGUCACGAUCGCGAGCAUGAAGGGUUCCCCUGUUCCCCUCGACUUCAACGAGUCGCUCUUGGUGUUCACGCCGAAGGGCUCGGAGCCCGAG